CACUCGCCGGUCCGGCUCGCAGAACAAAACGCGUCGACGUGCACAGACCGCUGCCGCACCGCGCGAGAACUCAUAAAAUCUGUAUUUCCUAAAAAAGUAAAGUGCAAGUAUUGUUUGAAAUGGCAGGAGAAAAACGAAGCAAGGACAGCGACGAAGUUGUGCGCGCAGAAACGACGAUAUUACUAGACAUCGAGGGCACGACGACAAGCAUAAGCUUCGUCAAGGACACGCUUUUCCCUUACGUGCGAGACAACUUAAAGAAGUACGUGGAUGAAAAAUGGGAUCAGGAAGAGUUCAAAGCUGACUUCGAAAAGCUGAAAGAACAGGCUAAAAAAGAUGAGGAAGCUAAAGUCACAGGCUUCGUGCCGAUUUCUGGAACAACUCCUGAGGAGGAGAAGGAAUCUCUUGUGAAGAAUAUUCUGUGGCAAAUGGACGAAGAUCGCAAAACUGGUGCUUUGAAGCAGCUUCAAGGUCGCAUGUGGCGCCAGGCUUACGAAUCCGGAGCAGUCAAGGGACAUGUCUACGAAGAUGUGCCUAAAGCUUUGGAGUCGUGGACAGACGCAGGAAGGAAAAUCUACAUUUACUCGAGUGGCAGCGUUGAGGCUCAAAAAUUACUUUUUAGUCAUUCGCAAAGCAACGAUUUAACAAAGUACUUGAGCGAUUACUUCGAUACAGAAGUAGGUGCAAAAGUUGAAGCUGCCAGCUAUAAAAACAUAUUAAGUAAACUAAAUGUAGAUGCAACAUCCGUACUUUUCCUCACGGAUAUCGUUAAAGAGGCUCAGGCAGCGAAGGAGGCUGGAAUCGCAGCAACGAUUGUCGUUCGUAAAGGCAAUGCACCUCUCAACGAAGAGGAAAAGUCCGCCUUCUCCACAAUCACAUCCUUCGAGGACAUAUCUUUUCAGUCCUCCAGCAAGCGACAAAAGGUGGACACUUGUGAAGAAAAGAAGGAUGCAGUAGCAGUCGAAGAAACUUCCAAGAAAGAAAUUAACGGUAAGACUGAAGUGAACGAUAAGAGCGAAACCGAUAGUAAGACUGAUGAAAGCCCCUGCGAGCCAAUGGAUACUUCGGAGGACAUUUUGGCUGAAACUGCUAAAAAACCAGAGACGGCAGCAAAGUCUGAAGACAAGGAAUCAAAAGUUGUAGUUGAAGCUGAGCAGAAGGAAGAAGAGAAGACCGAAGUUGCAGUGGAAGAAUCGAAAAAAUCCUCUGUCGAAGAAGAGUCCAAAGAAAAGUCCACAGAUGCGACAAGCGCCGAACCUCCUAAAGUAGAGCCCACAACAGCUGACGAUAAAAAAGACGAAGAGAUGGUGGUUGACGAACCCGACAAAGUCGCGAAACCUCAGGAGGUUGUUGAGAAGGUCGAAACGCCUGUUGUCGUCGAGAAAACAAAGGAAAAUCUCCCAGAAGAAAAAAAAGAGACUGAAACCGAGAAAGUGGGAGAAUCCGAAUCAAAACCAGUUACUAUUCCCGAGAGCAAGACUGAAGAUAAGGAAACGCCGGAGCUGAAACCUGAGACUGAAGCGACGAAAUCCGAAUCUAGUGCGAAAGUCGAGCAACCUGAAGUCACGGAAGAGAAAGUAGAGAAGGUCGAAAAAGUCGUUGAAGCCGCAACCGAAGAAAAGGCUGCUGCAGAGACUAAAGAAGAAAAGAAACCCGAGCCGAAGGCAGAGAAAAUUCCAGAAAUAGUUGUAGAAAAAGCCACCGAAGUAGAAGCCGAAAAAGAGAAGGUCCCUGAGAUUAAAGAAAACGGUGACGUUUCCAAAGUAGAGGAAGCGAAGGAGGAGAAAACGAAGGAAGUCGAGAAAGCGAAAGAGGAGACGACGAAAGAAGUCGAGAAAGUGAAAGAGGAGAAGAAGACUGAGGAAGUCGAGAAAGCGAAAGAGGAGAAAUCGAAGGAAGCCGAGAAAGCGAAAGAGGAGAAGACGAAGGAGGUUGAGAAAGCGAAAGAAGAAAUAAAGCCGGAGGUUCAACCCGAGUUGCGAAGUGAGAAGAAGGCAGAAGAAAAGAGCGAGGAGAAAAACGAAACUCCAGAGAAGUUGAAGGAAGCUGAAAAGGCUAAAGAAGUCGAGAACGGAAAAGCCGUCGAGAGUGAAAAGGGAGUUGAGAACGGAAAGGCAGAAGUUGAGAAAGCGAAGGCUGAGGAGAAGGAGGAGGAACAGAAAGUCAAUGGAACGAGUAACGGUGAGAAGAAACAAAGUAACGGAAUCCCUGAGACAGAGAAAUCAGACUCGUCAAAGUCGACGGAAGCGACAUCAUCGCAGAAUGGAGAUUCGGAGACGUCAGAAAGUAUCAAGAUCAAAAAGCUGGUUGAUACGACAGUAGCGGCGGCGGAUGCAGCUGCGGAACCAGAGCUUGUCACUCCUCCCGUUGCUGUUGCCGCGUCGUCCUAAUCGCGUUUUCGCGCGAUAUAAUAAGUCCUUCAUACAUAACCCCCGAUCCCUCGAUUACUUAUCUUACGACUAUAAAAGGAAUUUGAAUCACACAAACAGACACCACCAACACAUUCACUGCAGCUCAAAGAA